AGCUUUAACAAGGGAGCACGAAAUCUAUCAGUUAACAAACUGUAUUCUAUGUCUGGAUAUGAAGAAGAGCUUACAAUUCCAUUCUUCUAUGGGAAGAUUGAUACAGAGGCAUACCUUGAUUGGGAAAAGAAGAUGGAGUUUCUCUUUGGACUCCUAUACUACACUGAAAAGAAAAAGGUAUGUCUAGCAGUCAAUGGACUCUGUGGAAGUGCAUUCUCAUGGUGGCAGAGGGUUUCUCAGACUAGGAGAUUUGAAAAAAAACCACAAAUUAUUUCAUGGGUGGAGAUGAAGACCUUGAUGAAGAAGAGGUUUGUCUCGCAGUGGAAACUUCCAAAACUAAAACCAGAAGCAGCAACAAAGCUUACUACUUUAGAUCAGCCUGCCUAUUGGUCUGAAUUGCCAUUAAAACCGGCUGAGAGAAGAUCUGUGGUUCCUGUUCUAUCAUUGAAACAAGAGGAGGAAAAGCUGCAAGCUUCUAUAUUAGCUUCUCCAAUAAAACAGAUUGAGGAGAGUCAUAAAACUGAACCAGAACCAACAACUCUUUGUUUAAAACUAGAGGAGGAGGCAGAAGUUGCAGAAGCUGAGUGUGGCCACGUGCCUGAUCAAAUAAAACAAGAAGAAAAAGUUCCUGGAGGGUCAUCUAAAGCUCUUGAAUUGCUCAGCUUAGUGGAACAUCUGAGAGUUGUUAAGGGCCUGCAACAAGUUGUUUUUGAACCAGGAGGAAGCUUGUGUGUGGUUAGAAGAAAUAAACAAAUUUUGGAUCAGAAAGCAACAGCAUACAAGCUCAAUUUCCAAGGUUCUUUCACUCUUGAAAAACAAGAUUUGUGGUCAAAUCUUUUUAAAGGGAGAGAGAAUGGUAUGAUAAAAACUAUUUGCAGAGAUAAUGAAGGAGAGUCAGGAGGUAACACGUCCUUUAUCAGGUUCAUAACUGACCAGAACAAGCUGAGAAGAGAUAAACAGGAACUGGUGGUGGUUAAAGAAAAGCCAGAACUGGAGGAUGAGUAUGGGGACCAAACCACACGACCACCUGACCAGAAGGAUGUUAAACUGAGAGUACAUUGUCUCAUGCUCAUGAGAAGGACGUGGGUAGGAUCAUCCUGGAGAGAAGCAUUCAACUGCAAACUCAACAAAGUGGAGAAAUCAUCUGCCUUAGAAGCCACAUGCAGUGAGGAAAGUUCCAAGAUGUUGCUGAGACAUGAAGAAGGACUGCAGAGCUUUGUGUUUCUUCCUGGAGGGACUAGAGAGGUGAUGAUAUAUCUCAUGGCCAGGUCAGGAACUUUGGAGUUAAAUUAUCAAGGUUCUAUCAUCCUACAGAGCUUGGAUUUGAGGACAAAUCCUUUUAAAGGAGGAGGGGAUGGUGUGAUCCUGAUCAGGAUUGGAAUCAAUGGAUUGAAGCCAAUGUAUGGGUCAGCUAUACCACUGAUCAUGGUGCAGUUUAAUGGACAGUAUCAUACUCUUAUUGGCAUGAUCUAUGAGGUUCUGGAUAGAGAGAAGAGAAGAACUGUUGGUACUGCCUUGAAACAGCUUGAACAAAGAGGAUUCAACCAACUGAGCUUAACAGGAGCUAUGGAGACCAUUCACCUCGUCCAAAUAUGUAUGGAGAACAAGGAAAACAUGUCAGAAAGUUUCUGGAUUGGGCUACAUUUGGAUCUAGGCGAAAUAAGGCUUUUUCGGUCCAAAAAAGAGUUUCAGCCAGAAUCUUGAUCCACUUGCUUUCUAGCUGGCCUAACAGGACGUGGAGGAUCUAAAGUUCAUUAGGAGACACUCCAAAUCAAGUUCAAGUCGUGGCCCAUCAUAAACCAAAGAAGAACCAGCUUGUUGGUUUGAUUUAAUUGCAAUGUAAUGGGUUUAGUUUAUUGGGCUUUCAUUUAAUUUAAACCAAAGACAAUUAGGAAUUAGAGUAAACCAGAUUUGGGUAGAUUAGUAUUUAAAAUUAACCAAUUUCGAAUUGGAUUAGGAGAUUAAACCAUCUUGGUUUAAAUUUAGGGUUUUCAGUUUUAUUCUUUUAACAUAUGUAGCCA